AAGAAGUAAUACCAUUGACACGAUGGUGGCCUAUAGCAUCCUGACUCUCAUCUCUCUGGGACUUGGAUCUCACUGUGCGAGUGCCCUUCAGUAUGGCUACAACCAGGUUCCUGUGCACAAGGACUCUGAUGUAGUGGCUGGUGCAUUUCCUCCCAUAAACGGGACUCAUCUGCAGUCUCCAGCCUUCACCACUCCUGGCACUGUUCCCAGAGACUUUUCAGAUGGCAAGGCUGGGCCAACCAGAGAUGAGAUCAUGGAUAACUUCUUGCGCCGCCUGGCAAGGUCAAAUGGCUGGAUGGCCUACCAUGAAGCUGACUUCAUGUCUGAAGAGGGUCGUAAAUUCCCCUACUUGUACCUGUCCGGGACCAAUUCCUCCCUCGAAAACCCAGGGAGUGGCAAGAAGUUGCGAGUCUGGCUCCAGGGAGGUGUUCACGGGAACGAACCCGCAGGCGACCAGUCCAUGCUGGCUCUCCUCGGAGAGAUGGCCCAAAACCAACAGUGGACUGCCAAAGUCCUCGAGAAGAUGGAUAUCUUGGUCUUGCCUCGCUAUAACCCUGACGGCGUCUUCUACUUCCAACGCUACCUGGCCACCAACUUUGACCCGAACCGCGACCAUGUCAAGCUUGCCCGACAGCAAACCAGAGAUAUCAAGCAGCUUUUCACCAAGUUCAACCCGCAUAUCGCGACAGAUAUGCAUGAGUUCUCUGCUGGCAGGGCAUUCGGCCCAAAGAAGGAUGUCAUCUACGCUGCCGACGCCUUGUUCAGUGCAGCAAAGAACCUAAACAUCGACGAAGGCAUCCGCCAGUUGUCGGAGAAACUCUUUGCGAAACGUAUGGGCAAGGAUAUCGAGGCCGCUGGUUUACGCUGGGAUCCAUACAUCACCCAAGGAGACUCAACCAACUCAAAGCUACUCCUUCUAGAGGCAGGCACUGAUGCUAAAAUUGGACGAAACGCUAUGGGCUUGACGCAAUGUGUUGCCUUCCUUUGCGAAACCAGGGGCAUAGGUAUCGCUGACCAACAUUUCGAGCGUCGAACUCUGAGUGGAUUGGUCAUGGCCAAGAGCAUCAUCCAGACCGCUGUCGAUAAUUUUGAUGAGGUCUAUAAUACCAUUGAGAGGGGUAUCGACCGCUUCACUCAUAGCAAAGGUAGUAUCGUGCUCACUGACAAAUCUCCCAUAUCCGCAAGGACCUUCGGCAUGCUCAAUUCUACUGAUGGCAAGUUAAUCGACUAUCCUAUAGACUUUGCUUCGACUACUCCUGCCACCCCGGUCUUGACUCGCAGUCGCCCACGGGCAUACCUGAUCCCCCAGUCAUGGACGGACGUUGUCAAACGCCUAGAGGUACUUGGACUCAAGGCUGAAAAGCUACCGUACAGCUACACCGGACGCGUAGAGGCCUUGAAUGUUACAUCUGUUGCCUUUGACAAGGAAUACUACGAAGGUGUGGUCACAGCCACUGUGGAAACAAAGCUGGUCGAACAGAACAUGAGACUGCCUGCAGGUACCUAUCUGCUGAGCACGACCCAGAAAAACGCUGCUCUCGCAUUCGUUGCAUUGGAGCCCGAAUACAUGGAUUCUUUUGCAUCGUUUGGUAUCAUACCAGUCAGCAAGGGUGACCAGUACCCGAUUUUCAGGCUUAAAUGA